GCGACGUCGCUCUGGACCGACGGCGAGACGCCACGCGGCAUAGAGACCCUCGCGGCAGCGACAGCGUGGGAAACGGCGACUGCGACGGCCAAGGGCUGGCUCGGCGCGCGCGGGACCCCCUCGGGCACGGCCUUCAGUGAGCUGAGCGUGACUGCGGCCGCGGCGGGGCGCUGGUGCGCCGCGUGUUGGACCGACCCCGUCACGCAAUAA